AUGGUGACGAGCACUCUAGGGAGUGAUGGAGGAGGAGGAGGAGGAGGAGGAGGAGGAGGAGGAGGAGGAGGAGGAGGAGGAGGAGGAGAGGAGGAGGAGGAAGAGGAGGAGGAGGAGGAGGAGAAAGUCCAAGAGGCACCGCGGAACACUCUCAGCAAGAACGAACUACAGUUUUAUCAAUCUACCAAGAUGAAGACACUGCGCAUUGUGGCGAUAAGAAACUGGAGAAGCUUGAGGACCAGGUCGACGACGGAGAAAUCCAUUCUGCUCUCCUUCUGUGUCUUCAUGGUAUUCCUACUCAAGUACAUAGCUUCUGGAGCAAGCGGAGACGAGACGGAUUUCAUGGACUAUCUCCUCGGGGCACGGCAGGAGGACCCAGAUACCAUAAUGCAUUUGAGCGUUCUCCUUAUGGCACCGACCUCGGAUGAACUUGCUUUACAGAACCCAAAUAGGCACGACUUUUCCGACUAUGGACAGAGCACAGAGCUUGCAAAAAUCCUCAAACAUAAGGAGUCCGGCUUCUUCAUAGAGGCCCACGCCGGUGACGGCGAGAAGGGCAGCGUGAGCCUGUACUUCGAGCGUAGUCUGAAGUGGUACGGACUCCUCGUCGAAGACGACUACGACGCCUUUGGAGCGCUGAUGGCGAAGAACCGGAGGUCUUACGGCUUUCACGCCAAAGUCUCGACCACGGACACAGUGACGAUGAGCAAAGAAAGCUUCAACGACACGGAGUGGGUUGACCCUUCAGAAUUCCACUGGGAGGUUCCUCUUUACGCCCUGUACAAGGUCAUGGGAACUGACGGAGUUGACCUCCUCAUUCUGGAUACCAAAGGCACCGAGCUGCAGAUCCUCCAAACCUUGCCGUGGGACUCUGUGAAAAUCAGUGUGAUGUGCAUCGCCUACACCCACAUCCCAGGGAACCCUCGAUCCCUGCCCGAAUACUUGAGCCUCAAGGGCUACACCCUCCUCAGGACUCACGUCAAGGACAUGUUCUUCGCCAGCAACGAAUUCUUGCAGAGACAAGGGACAGACCAAAAGGGGUGAACUCCAGGUCUUGCUGGAAGCAUUUGUGGCUAUCUGCAAUGGAGCAUUUUAACCUCUGCUAAAAGGUUUAUGCAUUUUUUUCUUUUUCCGUUUGUUUGUCUGUCAGUUAGCAGGCUCUUGUGAAACCUAAUGAAAAAAUAUUUUCGAGGAAGUCUUUGAGAAAAGAUUUUACGAUGCUCUAAGACGUAAAUAUUAAUUAUAUAAUAAAUGAAGGCCAGAGUCUAGAUCUUAAACCAGAAUUUUUUAUCGCUUCGUUUAUCGUUAUUGUCACUGAUGUAUAUAACAUGAAACAGCAGCUCUAUACUGUAAAAGGAAAUGUAAAUAAAGCUACGUUCUAGGUAACUACGCUGAUUAUGUGCCCCCCUCAUUUCAUUUAAAGAUGUUAAUGAUGCUGUGCUAUUUUGUAACCCAAAGGCUAUUUGGGACUUGUGUUCACUGUCACAUUCUUUGAAGAAAAUGUUAAUGUUGUCUUCUAAUUUUGUAACCAAACGGCUAUUUGGGACCUGUGUUCACUGUCAUAUUCUUUGAGGAAAAUUUUGAUGUUGGCUUCUGUUUUUGUAACCCACCGGCUAUUUGGAAAAUGUGUUCACUGUCACAUUCUUUGAAGAAAAUGUUAAUGUUGUCUUCUAAUUUUGUAACCAAAUGGCUAUUUGGGAAAUGUGUUCACUGUCAAAUUCUUUGAAGAAAACGUUAAUAAUGUCGUGUAGUUUUGUAACCCAACGGCUUUAGGGAAACUACGUUCACUGUCCUCAUAUUCUUUAAAGAAAAUGAUAAUGUUGCCUUGUAUUCUUUAAAAGCCAACGGCUGUUUGGGAACUGUGCUCACCCUCCUCAUAUUCUUUAAAGAAAAUGUAAAAGAUGCCAUGUACUUUUAUAACAGCUAUUUGGGUAACUACCUUCUCUCUCCUCACAUUCUUUAAAGAAAAUGAUGAUAAUGAUGCCGUGUAUUUUUGUAACCUAACGGCUGAGACAAUGCGUUCAUUGUCCUCAUGUUCUUUGAAGAAAAUCCUGAUGAUGCCAUGUAAUUUGUGACCCAAAGUUCAUUUCAGGAAACUACGUUUUCUAUACUUAUAUUCAUUGAAUAAAACGUUAAUGUUG